CAUGAUGCGGAGUAUGGCGAACUGGCCCCAGAGCCAGGUGACAUACACCGUGCACGCCGUGUUCGUGUCGUGCUUUUGGCUUGUACUAACAUUUCUAUGUAAUUCGUGCUGCGGACGAUAGCCAUUCCUUUUAUAUAUUAUAAUUAAUAAUUAAACUCAGUAAUUUUUAGCACACCGGUUAUCAAGAUGGUGGAUGAAACUGAAAAUCAUACCGAAUUAACAGAUGCAGAGGCGGAAUUGUAUGAUAGGCAAAUUCGGCUGUGGGGUCUUGAAUCCCAAAAGCGAUUACGAUCUGCAAAAAUCUUGUUGAUUGGAUUGAAUGGAUAUUGCGCAGAAGUAGCGAAAAACAUAAUACUAGCUGGUGUAAAAUCUGUAAGAUUUAUGGAUCAUAGGCCUCUUAGCCCACUAGAUGUGUGUUCUCAAUUUUUAGCCCCCAGAGACCAGAUUGGAAAAAAUCGAGCUCAGGCUUCAUUGCAAAGAGCUAAAAACUUGAAUGCUAUGGUAUCAGUAACUGCCGACGAAAGCAAUCUGGAUGACAAACCAGAUGAAUUCUUUCACAACUUUGAUGUGAUUUGUGCUUCCGAAUGUACAGUGACGCAGAUAAAACGUCUUAAUAAAAUCGCCAGGAAACAGAACAUCAACUUUUUUGUUGGAGAUGUAUGGGGCAUGUUUGGAUACACAUUUGCAGAUUUAGGAACUCACACAUUCGUUGAAGACCUUGUACAGGCGAAGAAAAUACAGGUGCCAGAAGGUGGGGAAACUGGUUGUAAAGACAAGUUUGAGAACGUUACAACAACGGUAAAAAGGGAGGAGACAUUUGUUCCGUUUGAUAGGAUCCUGAAUAUCAAGAAAUUACCAAAGGAGGCCGAAACAUACUAUCUGUUGCAAAUUUUGUUGAAUUAUCGAGAGAAACAUGGAAAAGACCCAUUUCCGAGCGAAAGAUCUUCUAAUCCUAUUAAGGAAGAGGCCGAUUCAGUUAUUGAAGCAUACGAUCUUGGGGAUACCAUACAACCUUUGCUAGAGGGAAAUUUAUAUGCUCAAGUAAGUCCAGUAUGUGCGAUCCUCGGUGGUGUCAUGGGACAAGAAAUAAUCAAGGCAGUCUCCCAGAAAGAAGCUCCUCACAACAAUCUGUUCAUCUUCAAUCCUGAUACUAUGUGUGGAAAGAUUCUGAAGCUAGGUCACUAAUUGCGCUAUAUGUAUCUAAGGAAGAGUUUCGUUUUCAGAAUUACAGUUUGUUUACGACAUAAAGUGAAGAAGUACGCCUGUAGUAUUAACAGAAUGCAUUUUUUAAAUAAGUUCAUUUUUCUGUUAGGAUCGCAUGCUUCAUUUUUGUACGUGCGAUUCUUAAAAAUAAAGUCAUUAGACUAUCGAUAAAAAGUGUUAAGAUCUAAUAAAUAAAUUUCCAGUGAGAAC